GUUCACCCUCACGGCGCACUUGCUCUCCGCGCACCACCCCCGUGUUUACCAGCGUCUCUGCGCCUGGGGUAUGAAGUUACUGUCGCAGAUUUCGUCUCGUAUGCUGGCUUUGUCCCCUUGGAAGCAUCCCUUUAAUGAAGAAAGCCACAUUUUAUUUUUAUUUAAUACAGCAAGUGGAAACCUUGUCCCUUAUGUUGCGGCUCCAAAACAAUUUCAAUCUGACUACAAGUAGUUAACUAAUGUGUGAUGCUUUUCGAUGCAUUAAUAACUAAAAAAUAGGCGCUUUAAAAACAACAACAGAGCUGGCGAUGACUUUCCCAGGCAGCCAAGGCAUACACUUCCAAUGGAUUAACGUGGUUAUUUUUAUUCUUACUAUAUGUUCUGUCGAGUGCCGCUAUUCCCAGGUGAAGUUAGAUACAGUAGAUCGGUGGGCGAGAACCGGAUUCCAACAUCUGAAGCUGAACAUGUGCCGCAGGGCAUCCACCUUGAUGGAGCGGCAAUGCAAGAAGUUUUCGCUCAUCCAUCAGAGCGGAUUGGUGGUCUACGUAUCCGAGUCAAGCUCCGAUAAAGUGGUAGCGAUUCUGCCAGACUCCCACCAUGCGAGCCUGUACGCGUCCAAACAUGAUUAUUUAGUGGCUCCGGCAGCGGCGAGUGACAAGCGGCCCCAGGGCUUGCAGUCUGCGCACGACGCGGUGCUGGUGCUGGACCCCAGUCCCGGAGAAAGUUUCGGACAUCCCGUUGCUCUUUUCUACGUCGAUUUCAACAUAACCCGAAAGAAAUGCGAACAUGGAGACGGAUUUAUUUCAGGGCAGGACUGCCUGACCGUGGCGCUGAAGGAUCGCUGUCAGAACCAGCUGAGGCCGCGACGGAGUCACCCUGAGCGCCGGGGAAGGGCCCAUAUCCAGAUGGGGGCCAAGGCACGUGCCGUGAGGGCAGCACAAACAGGGGGGCAUUGUGAGGUACACUUCCUCCCCCUGGUGGUCGGAGUGGGGGACAGCGCACGGACGCAGCGGCUGCACUGUGUGGAUCUCCCGCACUUUGCGCAGUGUCCCAGGUUGCUGCCCAGCCACAGCCCCGGAGAUCCCGCCCCCAGCUGCGAGUUGGACCGGAACACGCGCCGCUGCCACCGGCAGCCACUGACGACUCACCUGGCAUGCCGACUGUACCAGACGUGUGACCACGCCGUGCUCCUCUCGGGGGGCUGGCGGCAGCAGGUCACCCACCAGCAGCAUGCGAGGAACCUGAGGCUCUUCUACCAAAUGCUCAGGAACAACGGCUUCCACAAGAACCACAUCAAAAUCUUCUUUGCUGGCAGCGGACAGCUGCUAGAGGCGGAGAUGGGAGGUGCCUAUCCCGCCACAGAGAAGGAGGUCAUCCGGAACCACAUCUCCUACGUCUGUCGCAAGCAGAACUGCGCAGAUUCCCUCGUGCUAUACCUCAACAGCCCCACGCGUAGCGAUGGGACCAUGCUACUGUGGGACAGCAACAACGACGGCAUCGCAGACCAGAGGGAGUGUUACUCCGUGGACGAGCUACUGGCCAACCUCGCCGGGUGUCGGGCGAAUCGGGUCCUGCUGUUCGUGGAGCAGAGUUACAGCACCGUCAUACACAGCAAGCUGAGCAAGUCCUUCAAGCACGGGAACGUGGUCCUGCUUGGUGCCUCCCCCUGGAUCCGCACGGCAGAAUUCUGGGCUUCCCUGGAGCCCAGGCAGUGCCUCAUCGACCACCUCAGUCAGGGUCCGGCUCUGGCUCCCCCCACAGGCCAUGAAAAAGGGCUUCUGAAUAUCACACUGGCCGGAGCGCCCUGUAGCGGGACCCUGACCCUGACGGAGGCGGAGCUUCAGAGGGAACACAUGGGCUGCCAGAACCUACCCACCGCUGUUUGGUACCAGAACCGACGCAGGAUGGCAGAGGAGGGGUACUGACUGAGCAGAGCCCUGCCAAUGUGCCGCUGCUCGACAUGGACUGGUACCUGAACUCCACUGGUAGCAGUGAGUCUUGACCGAUUUCAGUUUUUAGUGACGCAAACCGAGAACUUAGUGAUUGAAAGGAUAAAUACCAAAUCCAGGCACGUAGUUUCCUAAGAGUGUAUUUACAAAGUGAAAUGGCUCUCGAUGGGACACUUGGGGAAAGAAAUUAAGAUAAUUAUGGUUACGAGAGCUUGGGCAAAGAUGGCUGUGGUCAUGCAGAGGUGCGCCUGGUCAGUGUCAGGGUCAUUAGUGCCUCCCUCCCAUGAAAUCAGUGCCAUGUCAUGCGGAGCUAGCUCUGUGAGCUUUUCGGGGUGAUUGCUGAGUCCAGCAGGAUCACGGCACAUUGUCUCUUCAUGGGAAAACUCCUGGUGGGCGGCAUGGUUGAUACACGAUGUGUAGUGAGAAUUCACCCUGAUCCGACCGGCCCCAUCUGGUGCUGUACGGUCCCCGUGCCUGUCUGACCUCAGGGUGUGAAUAGAGAGCCUUACUGUGUUCGCAGUGUGUAGAUUGAGCUUGGCUUGGGUUUCAGCCCAUUAGGGCAGGAUCCUGGGGUAGAUCCAAACCAGCAACGCCUCAGGGAAGCCCCACAAGGGCCCCGGAGCAAGACGUGCUGCUGCUAGGAACCUAAAAGGGGAAAAUACCUUCAAACACAGAUGAUCACAAGAAGGUAGAGGAUCUGCAGGCCUGGUUGAGGCCUUGGGUCCAUUAAAGGUACAAUUACAACCAACCAAUCACUGAUUUAAUUCAUGACUCAUUUAAAGCUAUGCAGACAGUCAUGGACUUAAACACAAUUUUCUCCACAGCAAACUCAUUCUUAUUGGUCUUAUAAUUAGCAUAAUCCUAUAUUAUCCAAAUAAUUGUUGAUAAAAUGUGUGUGUAUAUAUAUAUAAAACUACAUGAGUGAGUAAGCUAUACAUACUUAAAAUACGUGAACAAAAUUUACACUGUUUUACAUUUUGUUUUGAUUUGUCUUGAUUGUAUCUCAGAAAUUCUUGCAAUGUCGUGCGUGUUGAUAUUGAUUUUGUACUGUCUAGUACAAAAAAAACUACAAAUCUACCCACUAAAAGCUCACCAGCGGUUUUUGAAUUAAAAAAAUGAAUGUUCAUCUUA